AGAAGACACAGCAAAACGAAUUGGACGGUUGGGUGAACGCCAAUUAUGUCUUCUUCUUGUUAAGAGACAAACCACCACCCUUCCCUUCAUCCUCUCUUCUUCUUCUUCUCCUUUGAAAAUUCCCAAUGGCUUCCGGAUCUUACUGGUGCUACAGCUGCAGCCGCUUCGUCUGGGUCUCCCACUCCAUCUCCUGCCCCGACUGCGACGGCGGCUUCCUCGAACACAUCCACCAAUCCCCCGACUUCGCGCCUCCCGACUCCUCCCUCCACACAAGCCCCACGCGCUUCCCUCUAUCCUCUACCCACGCGCCCGCCGUCACGCGCUCUCCCAAUCCCGUAAUCGUCCUCCGCGGAUCCGACGCCUCCUCCGAUGAAGCCUUAGACCGAUCCGCUUUCCAGAUGUACUACGACGACGGCACGGACUCAUCGGGACUCAGGCCGUUACCUCCGAGCAUGACUGAGUUUCUGCUAGGCUCCGGGUUCGACCGGCUGCUGGAUCAGAUCUCUCGGAUCGGGAACCGGAACACUAACGGCGAUCAUCCUCCCGCUUCUAAAUCGGCAAUCGAGGCCUUGCCUGUGAUCGAGAUCGAUAACACUCAUCUCGAAUCGGAUUCUCGUUCUCACUGCGCGGUUUGCAAAGAGAAUUUCGAGUUGAGAUCGGCGGUUAGAGAGAUGCCGUGUAACCAUAUCUAUCAUCCCGAUUGUAUCCUCCCUUGGCUCGCGAUUCGAAACUCGUGCCCCGUGUGCCGCCACGAGCUGCCGGGUGAGGAUGUUGGUGGUGGUGGUGAUGCGACGACGGUGGAGGAGGAGGAUUCUGCGGCGGGAUUGACGAUUUGGAGGUUACCGGGAGGAGGAUUCGCGGUGGGGAGGAUUCCGGGAGGGUGGAGGGGAGGAGAUAGAGUGAUGCCGGUGGUGUACACGGAGGUAGACGGUGGGAGGUUGGGGGAGGAGAGGCUUCCGAGAAGAGUAGCGUGGGGUUCGAGGAGAGGAGGAGGAGGAGGGUUUGCGGGUCGGAUCAUGAGACUGUUUGGAUGUUUUAGUGGGUCAGCUGGAUCCAUAGCGUCCGGGUCCGGGUCGAGAUCAAUGGUAACCCGUAGGAGCAGGUCGUCGUUGUCUAUUUUCAGUACGGCGUCGUCUUCCACAAGGAGACGAAAUUGGCUCGCUUGAUUAAAACAAGCGCCUGCUGCAAAUUUUCGGUUUUUUUUUUGUUUAUCGGUGUAAUGAUUAUAUUAUUUCACAGAAAUUUGAAUCUAUCCGAGUAAAUUGUUACAAAAAAACCUUUAUAGG